UCCAGGUACACUUUUUCAUACAACCACCUCGUUUACCCAUAGUACGAUGGUGUGAAAAAUGUCAUAAGUCAGCCACCGAAAAAUAAAAGCCUUGUUCUCGCCAUGAGCAAAUACUCAGGGAAUAACCCGAGUGACACUCUUUCAGAUCACGUGAUCGUACCGAGUGACUCAAGGACACAAGCUAUGACCAUCACCAGACAAUACUGCUUGGGUGAAAAUCAAGAAGAUUUGCUUAGAAUCAAGGAACUAGUUUCCAAAAUUACGAUCAGAAAUGAAAUAAUUCUCUAUCUGAGGUGGCUUUUGUCACGGGAACAACGCACCAGUGUUGUCAACAUUUGUAAAGUUCUGCUUGGAUCAGGCCGCCCCGUAGAACACCUCGUUAGAGACGAGAUAUUGUCGGAGCUCAUCGUUCACGUGGCUGUCGACCUUCUACAGAUACUUCUAAAAGCGGAUCUAGAUUUCACAAGCUUCCUGCCAUGUCAACAUUUUGUUUCGGACUUAAAGGAGGAUCCGACUGUGUUUCUAUGGAACUGUUUGAUAUUUCGCUCCUUGCUUUGUGGAAAGUUGGGCUACAGGUACGAAAGUCGACCUGACCCAAGCGAACGCUUUGCUUACGUUGUGAUCGUUGCGAUGAUCCAGGCUUGUUGCUCUCGACCUCAGUCUAUAUCAGCGUUGGCAUAUGUGAUUGACAAGUACCCAAUUCACCCUGGAGAUUCCUACACGUAUGGGAAGGUGUUUCGUGCGCUUGUAGUCGGGGGCUUUGACCCAAGUGAGGUUUUUUUGGCUGAAAUGGAAGGAAGGGAGAAGAAAUCGGUUCCAGAGUAUUAUGAAGAGUACAGGAAAUGGUAUAUGGACUACAAGCGGCGUGUUCCGACUCUGAAACACUGUGCUCGAUUGGUCGUGAGGCGGUCUGUCCUGGUGAACAUGGAGCUAGCUACCUCGAGCCUGGAGCUUCCAAAACGUGUCGCAGACUUUGUGUUACUUAGAGAUCCACAUACACUUUCUGUAAUUAAUAUUGAUGAUAAAGUUUGAUUCAUAAUU